AUGAGACUGACUAUCCGCAAGGCCAAAGAGGAAGUGGGAAACUACAUUGCGGAAUACAUUGUCGCCCGCAUCAACUCGUUUACCCCCACCGCCGACCACAAGAACUUUGUCCUCGGCCUUCCCACCGGCUCCUCCCCCUUGCCCGUCUACAAGCGGCUAGUCGAACUUUACAAGGAAGGCAAAGUCAGUUUCAAAAAUGUGAUCACUUUCAACAUGGACGAAUACGUCGGCAUCCCGAGGGAUCAUCCCGAGUCUUAUCACACAUUCAUGUUUACCAACUUUUUCUCUCUCGUGGACAUCAACGCCGAAAACGCCCACCUCUUGAACGGCAACGCUGAGGAUCUUUACAAAGAAUGCGAAGAGUACGAAGCUUCCAUCAAGGCUGCCGGCGGGAUCGACCUGUUCCUAGGCGGUAUCGGUGCCGACGGGCACAUUGCUUUCAACGAGCCCGGAUCUUCCCUCACAUCCAGAACCCGGAUCAAGACCCUCGCCUACGAGACCAUCCUCGACAACUGCCGUUUCUUCAACAACGACCUCUCCGCCGUGCCCCGCAUGGCCCUCACUGUUGGUGUGCAAACCGUCAUGGACAGUCGGGAGGUUUUGUUGGUGGUCACGGGCCAGCAGAAGAGUUUGGCGUUGAAGGAGAUGAUUGAGGGGAGUGUGAAUCAUAUGGUGACUGCUAGUGCUUUGCAGACGCAUCCUUGGGCUUUGGUCGUUUGCGAUGAGGAUGCCACCCUCGAACUGAGAGUCAAGACUGUCAAAUAUUUUACCAGCCUCGAAUUCGUCCAGAAUGAGGUGGAAGCAAAGUACGGCUCGCUCGCUUCGAAAAAGUUUGGGAUCGGUAGGCCGACUGCUGCAAGGGAGAUCUAG